AUGCCUCGAUCUGAGAGCACUGGAGCAAGUUUUCACUCAAUUGUCGUCAUUGGAGCGGGAUUGUCGGGAUUGCAGGCUGCUAAUAAACUUGUUGAGAAAUAUCCAGAUCUGCUCCUCGUUGAAGCGUCGUCAAGGCUAGGCGGCCGUGUACAGCAGGCAAUUUUUGCUGUGCAUUCGAUAGGAGGUGCCUGGCACACCACUGUUUCUGCACUCUGGCGCACUGCAUCCACCUAUUUCACACUCUCUGUGCUGCAGGGCCUGCUGCAAGAAGUCAACUGCAAUUUGAGGGAGUUUGACUGGCCAGAUUACUGGUACUUUGGCAACAGUCGGCAAUUGGUGUCAGGCGACGCCAAGGUAAGUGAUGAGGAGCUGGAGCGGUUGCAUGAGCUGUUUGCAUCAGUGGGGCAGCGGGUACGGCCAGAGCCAGACAUCAGCGCUGCAGAGUGGCUCCGACAGGAGGGCGCCAGCGAGCGCAUGAUGGCUGUGGCCGAUGCCUGCUAUGCAAAUGACUUUGGCUGCUCCCUGCACCAGCUGGGCUUGUCUGAGAUGAUCACAGAGAACCAGCGCUGGGAUUCAGGUGACACAUACUUGAUACUGGAUCGGCCGCUGCAAGCGCUGGUGCAGCAUCUCAGCAAGGGGGUGGAGAAUAACAUCCAGCUGCAAUGGCCAGUUUCAAGAAUUGAAUAUGGCCCAGAAGGUGCCAAACUUUACGGACCAUCUGGCAGUGUAGUGCAGUGUCGCCGCGUGAUUGUCACAGUGCCCAUAAUGAUGCUGCAGCAGGAGAGAAUAAUUUUCUCUCCUCCCCUGCCUGCUGAGAAAACAGCUGCAAUCUCCAGAAUCAAGAUGUCCAACGCAGUAAAGGUCAUCUUUGCAUUCUCUUGGCCCUUCUGGCCGACCGGAUUCUUUGAUGUGGUCUGCACAGACAGCUUCAUGCCCGAAUUCUGGGUGACUGAGUAUCCCGCCACCUCCUCAGACCCGGCCACGGCCGGCCUCUGCUGCAUGGUUGGCUUUGUUGCGGGCGCCAGAGCAGAGGAGAUCAGCCACUUGUCACAGACAGCCGUCAUUACUCGUUCCCUUGCACAGCUGGACCACAUCUUUGGUAAGAGAUCUCAGAAUAGCCCCGGCAACCCCAGAAACAUGGGCCUGUUGGUCCUGAUGGCAAGUAGAAGAGGGGAUUUUGGCAAUGUUUCCUUGAUAUUCAGAUUCAUUGCUAAGCAAGGACCGAUACAAGCAUCAAGCAGGAAGCAUCCUGCCACUGCGGCGUUUGUGCGUGCGCAUGUGGAGGACUGGUCUCGAUCGCCCUACAUAGGGGGCGCCUAUUCCUACCCUUCACUUGGGGCCAGGCCUGGGGACAGAGAAAGCUUGGCGGCAUCAUUGGGGGACACUCUGUUUUUUGCUGGGGAGGCAACACACCCCGCUGUCAACCCAUGCAUGCAAGCUGCGCUGGAGACUGGCGAGCGAGCAGCUGCUCAAGUCCUGAGGGCGUCUGAGCACGUCCCCAGCAAAUUGUGA